AUGGCCGAUAAACUCCGAACCCAGCAAGAACUCGAGCGCCUUCAGGCAAAGUACGUCGGUACUGGUCACCCAGACACUACCAGCUGGGAAUGGCGCACCAACAUUCAGCGCGAUACCUACUCUUCCAUCGCCGGUCACCGUCCUCUACUCUCUUACAUCGCUUUGGCUGAGAAUGAACCUAUCUCCAAAGUCCGCGCUCAAAUGAUUAGGAAAAUGGUCCAGCCCUGCGGCCCGCCUCCUCCACGUGAAGAUUAG